GUCACCCAUUGUUCCCUUGCUAUUGGAAUCCUGGGGGUGGAGGUGGGCGAGGGCCACCGGGGCCAGCUUUAUGCCCCUGUCGUCCUCUGUUUCCCUAACGUAUUGAGAGCUGUCAUCUCGGUUGUUCUGGGCAGACAGGGUGGCCAGGGAUCACUGUUGUUCAUUCUCCACUUCACACCCUCCCCCCCUUGGGGGCCAGAUCUUGUUCUGUACCCUGAAUAGCCACAAGGUGGACAUGCAGAAACUCUUGGGCGGCCAGAUCGGCCUGGAGGAUUUCAUCUUCGCCCACGUGCGGGGCGAGACCAAGGAAGUGGAGGUCACCAAGACAGAGGAUGCCCUGGGACUGACCAUCACCGACAACGGGGCCGGCUACGCCUUCAUCAAGAGGAUCAAGGAGGGCAGUAUCAUCAACCGCAUCGAGGCCGUGUGUGUGGGCGACAGCAUUGAGGCCAUCAACGAUCACUCCAUCGUCGGCUGCCGGCACUAUGAGGUGGCCAAGAUGCUGCGGGAGCUGCCCAAGUCCCAGCCGUUCACCCUCCGCCUGGUGCAGCCCAAGAGAGCCUUUGAUAUGAUUGGUCAGAGGAGCCGAAGCAGCAAGUGCUCCGUGGAGUCGAAGGUGACCAGCGGGAGGGAGACCCUGCGCCUUCGUUCUGGGGGUGCGGCCACCGUGGAGGAGGUGCCCAGUGAGUUUGAGGAGGAGGCUUCCCGGAGGGUCGAUGACCUGCUGGAAAGUUACAUGGGCAUUCGGGAUCCUGAGCUGGCGUCCACCAUGGUGGGGACUUCCAAGAUGACGGCGAGCGUCCAGGAGUUUGCGCACCAUUUAGACUCCGUCUUGGGAGAGUUUGCUUUCCCGGACGAGUUUGUGGUGGAAGUGUGGGCCGCCAUCGGCGAGGCCCGGGAAGCCUGUGGCUAGUGUGCCCCGGGGGCGACCGCAGCCCCAGCCCAGAGCCCAGCCCCCAGCCCCAGCCCAGAUCUGAGCCCCAGCCCUGCU